AUGGAGGUUGAAGAUCUUUCAAGGAUGUUCAGGCUCCUCUCUAGGAUUAAUGGUGGCCUGCCUCCUGUAUCUAAAAUAUUUCAGGAGGUACUUCGUGCAGAAAAGGAAGCACCAGGGAAGAUAGGUGAGAGUAUUUUUGUUCUCAGAUCCAGGGAGCAGUUGGCCUACAUUGAGCUGAGAGGAAAGGUAUAUGUAUUGCCAUUUAUUCUAUAA